CUCAAAAACUGGCUCAGGUUACAUGACAAUGAGGGAGUCCAUGCUUAAUAUAAAAUAAAUAUUGACAAUUAACAAUGCGGUGGGGAGAUUGAUGGAUGUGUGUGACUGUGGUGCUGAAGGUGACUGUCUUUACAGGUACCUGGCGGGUCACUCUAGACCCUGUUGAAGCUGGAGGUCCCUACAAUGUGACAGCAGCUGUGCAGAACAUCACAGCUGUUCUGACAGACGUGCUGUUUGGAAAUGUUUGGCUGUGUGGAGGGCAGAGCAACAUGUUCUUGAAAUUAUCUCAGAUUUUCAAUGCAUCAGAGGAGCUGAAGCGUGCAGCACAUUAUCCUCAUGUGAGGACUUUUAUGGCAUCCCAGAAAAAGAGUGAAACUGAGCAAACUGAUUUGAUUGACGUCCAAAUGCCCUGGUCUGUGCAGCCAGCAAAUCUGGCAGGAUUCUCUGCAGUGUGCUGGCUCUUUGGGCGUAAUUUGUUUGAGAAGCUGCAGUACCCCAUAGGACUGGUGGAGACCAGUUGGGGAGGCACACCUAUCGAAGCCUGGUCCUCUGCAAGAGCACUGCAGCAGUGUGGACUACUACAUGAGUCAAAGAGCAGAAAACAUUAUCGCAAUCCUCAAGAGAAUUCAGUCUUGUGGAAUGCAAUGAUCCACCCACUGCUCAACAUGACCAUCAAAGGAGCCAUCUGGUACCAAGGGGAGGCAAAUUAUAACUAUCAUCAAAAGAAGUACAACUGUUCCUUCCCUGCUAUGAUUGAUGACUGGAGGAUGGCGUUUCAUCAGGGCUCAGGCGGGCAGACAGCUCCCGAUUUCCCUUUUGGAUUUGUCCAGCUGAGUACCUGGAACAAAAAAUCCAAAAGUGACGCCUUUCCGAAUAUCCGCUGGCACCAGACAGCAGAUACCGGCUUUGUCCCAAAUCCCCGGAUGCAGAACACUUUUAUGGCUGUGGCUAUGGAUUUACCAGAUGAAAGAUCUCCCUAUUACCCGAUCCAUCCCCGAGACAAGCAGGACGUAGCCUUCAGACUGUCAUUGGGAGCAAGGGCAGUGGCGUAUGGUGAGCAGGACGUGGCCUUUCGUGGACCUUUCCCAAACCAAAUCCUGUCCACUCCAAAGUAUCUCGAGGUUACCUACGACCAAGAAGUCUCUGUCACUCCGUCUGAAAACAUCUUUGAGAUCUGUUGCUCAGAGAGUGAGUCUCCAUGGGAUCCUCAGGCUCAUUGGGUUCCAGCUCCCAUCAUGCAGUGGGGUCCGACCACUGUCCAGUUAUCUACCAGCUUGUGUUCUCCCACUGAACAAGUAGCUGCUCUGCGGUAUGCAUGGAGAGACUGGCCCUGUGACUUUAAAGCCUGUCCAAUCUACAGCGCCAGUUAGAUUUUACCUGCUCCUCCUUUUAUUUCCACCAACCUCCAGCCAAAGGAUGAUGGAAAGUAAGGAGGAGCUGUCAACAAAAUGUACCAGGUGAUUGUAACUAAGUCAAACUCAGCUAAUGUUGUUUUCACCUAUUUAAAGGGAAUGAAAGAAAGAUGUUUUCAUUUCAUUUGGUCAUUUUGUUUUAGUGUUUUCCUUGUUUGGAUUGAUGUAACACUAAAGGCAGUGAAAGCAUUUAGAGGAAAUAAGUUGCUGUACUUCAUUGUCAGUUUCUGUUGAUUGUUUGGAUUCUAGUUUGGAUUGAUAAUACAAUUAGAUAUUUCAUUUGGGUGGGUAUGAGUAAAUUGAUUAUUCUCAGAGAGGGCAGUAUUUACUCCGUAUCAGAAUAGAGAUUAAAACCAUUACACUAAUGAUGCUAUGCAAUGAUUUAGUUGGAAAGUUUGGAAAUUCUGUCACAUUUUAUUUUAUUUUAACAAAAGAAUGUUCCACUAAUAAAUGUCAAAUCAACAACUUA